CGGUUUUUUUUCUUGCUCGCCCACAUCAUGCCUCCUCAGAUCCCCAAAAAUCUUUUGCGGGCGGCCCGCGCACAGGCAGUCUUCAACAGAACAAGACCCAGCUACCGUCCUGCUGUCAGACUUCAAAGUUCAGCAGCCGUCCACCCUACUCCCAUUGUUAAGAACUCCACUGCUGUCCACCAAACCACCAUCGAGGACUACCCCAUCUACCAAUACCCUUCCAAAGAGUUCCCCCCUCGCCGAUCCGAGAAGCCUACCCCUCGACAAGCAGUCGCCAUGCCUCACGCCGUCGAGCCUUCCCCUCUCCCAUUGAACACCCAGAACCUGUCCCAGCUUCAGAACGUCACAGUUCCCACGUAUCAACGCAAGAAUGUCAAGCAGGGCAUCGUCCACGUCGGCGUCGGUGGUUUCCACCGAGCUCACCUCGCCUACUAUGUCGAUACUCUCCUCGAACAGUUCAAGUUGAAGGACUGGUCGAUCUGCGGUGUAGACUUGCUUCCCUUCGCCGCUCCCAUGAGAGAUGCAUUGGGCAAGCAGGACAAUCUCUACACCCUCAUCGAGUGCGGAACCGAGGCCAGCUCCGCUCGCGUUGUUGGCAGUAUCACAGACUACCUCUUUGCGCCGGAUAGCAGCGAGGCCGUCAUUGCCAAAAUGGCCAGCCCAGACACCCACAUUGUCUCCAUGACCGUCACCGAGAGCGGCUACUACGUCAACGAGAACACCCACGAGCUCAUGGAAGACCACCCAGACAUCGCCCACGAUCUUGCUGGUGGACAGCCUCCCCGCACUGUCUUUGGCUACCUUUACAACGCCAUGGCUCGACGCUACGAAGCUGGUCUUCGUCCCUUCACCGUCAUGUCUUGCGACAACAUGCAGAAGAACGGCGACAUCAGCCGCAACAUGCUCAUCGCCUACGCCCGCCGCCAGAACCCCGAAAUCGCCGACUGGAUCGCCCAAAACGGCGCUUUCCCCAACAGCAUGGUCGACCGCAUCACCCCCCGCACCAACGACAUCGACAAGACCGACCUCGCCGCCAACUUCGGUGUCGUCGAUGAGUGGCCUGUCGUCACCGAGACCUUCAACCAGUGGGUUCUCGAAGACAACUUCUCCGACGGCCGCCCCCCCUUCGAGAAGGCCGGCGUCCAAGUCGUGCCCAACGUCCACAAAGUCGAAGAGUACGAACUCAUCAAGCUCCGUCUCCUCAACGCCUCCCACUCCGCCAUGGGCUACGCAGGCUCCCUCGCCGGCUUCACCUACAUCCACGAAGUCAUCGGCAACCCCAUCUACCGCCAGUACGUCUACAACAUGAUGCAGGAGGAAGUCAAGCCCCUUCUCCCCGCCAUCCCCGGCGUCAGCGUCGACGACUACUGCAACACCCUCCUCAACCGCUUCUCCAACCCCACCCUCAAAGACGAGCUCCCGCGCAUUUGCCUCGGCGGAUCUGGCAAGAUCCCGCAGUUCAUCAUGCCCAGCAUCGCGGAGCAGAUCGUCGCCGGCGGCCCGCUCCGUCGCCUCACUCUCUGCGCCGCCGCUUGGUUCCGCUACAACAGGGGCAUCAACGAUGCCGGCGUCGAGUUCCACCUCGACGACCCCAUGGCCAAGGAGCUCCAGCCCAUGGCCCGCGACAGCCCCAUCAGCCUGCUCGAGGUCAAGAGCCUGUUCGGCGAUGACCUCCGCGACGACGAGCGCUUCGUCACCGAGCUCAAGGCUGCGCUGCACAGCUUAGAGACUGACGGCGCUAUGAAGAGCAUUGAGAAGUACGCUUGA